AGUUAGUCCCCUCUCUCUCUCUCUCUCUCGCCGCGUCGAAGCUAGACUACUCCCUCUCCUCCCUAUAUGUGCGUGCUCGUCUCCGAGGUCGUCGUCUUCUUCUCUCUCUAAUAUCUCUCCUCCUCCUCCUUGCUGCGGUGCUGCCCCGUGCCAUGCUGCUACUGCUCCCUCCCUUGCUCUUCCACCUCUAGCAACUUCUUCCGCUCUUCCCCCCUCCUCCUUCUCUCCCCUCGCAUCUCAUCUCAUCUCAACUCCUGUUGUAGCUAGCCCACACGAGCGGCCGUCGCGUCUGCGCUGCGGUCGGUCGUCGCUAUCUGACGCGCGCGUCCCCGCCCCCGCAGCAAGGCGGAGGGGACUCAAGGAGCGAGUAGUGCACGGAGGAGCAAGCGAGGCGGCGCGCGCGCACGCUAGGCCGGGCCGGGCCGGGGCGGAUGGCAUGAGCCGGCGGCAGCCCGGAUGGUCCCGGCUCGGAACCUGCAGCCGCCGCUCCUCCGCGACGCGCAUGCCACGCCCUGCGCCGCCGCCGCCGCCGCAGGCCUCGGCGUGACGCCGACGGCGGCUUCGAGCCACAUGGCACAGGAGCCCAUCGACAAGCACCACAGCGAGCCGUCGACCAAGCCGCCGCCGCCUCCGCCGCCGCAGGAGAGGCAGCAGCAGCAGCAGCAGGCGGACGACCAACACACGCGCCACGCCCACGCCCACAGGGAGCAGCAGCAGCAGCUGACGCUGCGGCCGCUCCAGCCCGCCGGCAGCAGCCACCAGGAGGCCGCGGGCACCAGCGGGAGCAGCAGCGGAGGGAGCAGCGGCAACGGCGGUGCCGGGGACUGGCUCCGGCUCGGCCUCGCCCCGGCGUCCCCCAGCGCCGCAACGCACCCCGGCGUCGCCUUCGCAGCAGACCGCGCGGCGGGGCCGCCGUCGCCGCUGCUGCUGUCGUCGUCGGAACCGCAGCGGCCGCCGCCGCCGCCGCCGCUGCUGUCGUCGCAACGACCGCCGGGCAUGGGCUUCCCACCGGGGCCCUUCCUGCACCAGGCCGCGCACGGCAUUCCGCAGGCGUCCAUAGCCCUGCCCGUGCCGCGCGCCGGGCCGCCCUGGCUGCCGCCGUGGAGCCCCUCCGCGGUGGCGCCACCGCCGCCGCCGUCGCUGAUCCCCUUCGGGUUCGGGCACGGCGCGUUCUACACCCCCGGCGCCGGCUCCGGGCUCGACGCGAUCAGGGUCGUCCUGCCGCCGUCGGCCGCCGGCGUCUGGUUCGCGCUCCAGGCCGCCCCGCACCAAGGGAGGGAGCCAUUCUUGCCUCAGAUUCCGAGAAGCUACCUACGGAUCAAGGACGGGAGGGUGACAGUCCGGCUGCUGAUCAAAUACCUGGCCGGCAAGCUUGGAUUGGAGGACGAAUCAGAGCUAUCAUCUGGUCUUGACUAGCUAGCCUAGCAACCUUCACCACCGACGUACGCCAUGCAAAGAGAGCAGUUUCUUUUUCCUAUACAAAGAUGCCAUGCAUGCAGAAUAAACAUUUCUAAGGUCAACUUUGUCUCUACAAACCAAUUCAAUAUUAUCUAAACUUUUAUCAACAAUAAUUGAGGCAGGAGGAGGUUAGUUCUCCUCUGUAAAUUAAAAUAAGAAGAGAGGUUCCUGGUUUUACUAGGUUUGAACAUGUGUCAAUCGUGAGUGGUGAAAGGCCCGCAUGACUAGCUAGGGAUAUGAUGCAUGUGGAUUUAACAAUGCACAAGAAUAUGGAAUGUGACCAUGCUCUUUGUUAUUAGGAUAUUGAUGCGGGGGGGAGGGGUUAGUGACAGGCCUUAGCUAAUCAAAAAGAUUCCAUCUAUUUAUGCUUUAAUAUAGUAGUGUACUGGAAAUCAUAACCAAACGGCUGCUCCCACUUUCUAUAUGCUUAUGAAUUGUACUUUCUUCUUUGUCUCUACUAGCUUGAUGCUCUUUUUUCCUUAGUUGCUAUCCUAGUCGUGAAAUUAAUGCAGCGGGCAUCUAGCCAUCACUACAGACAAUUCUGAGAAAGGGAAUUUGUGAGUGGUAGGAUGCAUGCAUCGACUGAUUAGUUUGUGAUGAAGUGUGAUGUUCAAAGUGAUAUAAGCAUAACUACUCAAACAAAAUACUACUAUUUCUCCCAUAUAUUAAAGAAAAGAGUAUGAAAUGAUAGUGAAUCCAAGGGAUCUCAUGUCGCUUAUUUAUUAAAUUUUUCCACAAAUGACCCCACUAGUAAUUAAGUAGUAACACGUACGCCGUAGUAAUUACUUUUUUAUGCAAUGAUCGAGUGCAGCAAGCGCCUUUAUUUGCAUGGUAAUAUGCUGUCAUGCUAUCGUUGAGCUUACCUCAGACCUCACUCAGUUGUGAAGCUAUAGCAAAAUUAUGUGCUUGAUGUAGAGAUGCAUGAUCAACAUAUUUUCUUUCACACACCAGACGGCAAAGAUUAGAUAAAGAGUAUAUAUAGGCUAGCUAGAUAGGUUAGAUUAACACUACUAGCAGCAGCUGGGGUUAUGUGUGUGUGUGUGUGUAGUUGUUAGAUGACAAAUACAAGGACGUUCAGUGCCGCAUUUUGAGUGGAAUAUAUAGUAUUAGACACACGCAUCUUAUUAGCUAUGGCCAAUGAAAUGCAUCCACAAGAGCACUGUAGUUUUGUGCCCAUAUGAUUGGCUUCCGAUCGAAGUGAGAGAUUGUGCAUGGGAGUGGGGACAGGCAUAGAACGCAUGCAUAAGUUUGUGUGGAGAGAAAGAGAAUAAGGCCUUGUUCAGUUCGCAAAAACUGGUGAAAAACGGCACUGUAGCACUUUCGUUUUUAUUUGACAAACAUUGUCCAAUUAUAGAGUAACUAGGCUCAAAAGAUUCAUCUCGCGGUUUAC